GGUAUUACAGAACAGCCUAGCGUGUACAAAUACAUCUCACGUUUCUUGUAUUCUGUUAAUGACAAUAAACUCGCGACGAUAAACUUCAAGAUUCCAGCAAGUUUCAUUAAACCUGUCGUGAGAUGGUUGAACGGACCGAAAUCGUAUUGUGGCCUGAUUUUGCGCCUCAGAAGGGGUACUUAAAAUAACCGAUGAGUUCACCUUGUUUCCGGAUUCCCCACCCUGCUCUCUACCGGUUUUUUUGUUCUUUUGUUAUAUAGAGCCCGCUCCAGCCCCUAUCGUCAAACAUCCCCACUUCGUGAAUACCAUGGCUUCAACUGAUAAAGCAGCACGACGAGCUAAAUUCGAAGGUGCCUGGAAUGCCAUCCGCGACGAGCUCUUGACUCAUUUCAAGUCUUGCGGAAUGCCCCAGGAAGCACAAGAGUGGUAUUCUAGGAAUCUUGACUACAAUGUUCCUGGCGGAAAGCUCAACCGUGGCAUGUCUGUCAUUGACACGGCAGAGAUCCUACUGGGCCGUAAGCUCUCCGACGAGGAGUACCUUCAGGCAGCCGUCCUCGGUUGGGGCGUUGAGAUGCUUCAAGCGUUCUUCCUUGUCUCUGACGACCUUAUGGAUUCUUCGAUCACGCGUCGCGGUCAACCUUGCUGGUACCGUGUACCAAAAAUCGGGUUCAUUGCCAUGAACGAUUCAUUCAUGCUCGAAGCCGCCAUCUACCACCUCUUGAAGGUGCAUUUCAAAAAGGAACCGUACUAUAUCGACCUGAUUGAACUGUUCCACGAAGUAACUUACCAAACCGAAAUGGGCCAGCUAAUCGACCUCAUCACCGCUCCCGAAAACGAUAUCGAUUUGAACCGCUUUUCACUGAAAAAGCAUUCGUUAAUUGUUAUUUACAAAACUGCCUUUUACUCUUUCUACCUCCCUGUCGCCCUGGCGAUGUUAUUCUGCCGUAUUCCGACCUCGUACUCCCUUCCGUCGUCUCCCAAACCCAUCGAGCCGUACGAAGUCGCGAAAGAGAUCCUCAUCCCGCUGGGUGAAUAUUUCCAAGUCCAAGAUGACUUCCUUGACUUUUCCGGCGUUCCUGCUCAGAUCGGGAAAGUCGGUACUGACAUUGUUGACAACAAAUGUUCAUGGUGUAUCAACACUGCUCUUGCAUAUGCUACACCAGCGCAACGAAAGAUACUGGAUGAGAACUAUGGUGUAAAGCCCACAGAGGAAGAAAAGGAAAUAGCGAAGAAGAUGGCUGCAGGGAAGAACGGGGAAGAGCAAGGAUACCUUGGUGAGGCGGAGAAACGCGUCAAGAAGGUGUUUGAGGAGAUUGGGUUGAGAAAAAAAUACGCAGAGUAUGAAGAAGGAGUGUUUCAAAAGCUGAAUGAAAUGAUCGACAACAUCGAUGAGGGCGCUCAAGGACAACAAGGUGUUUUGAAGAAGCAGAUAUUCAUAAGUUUCCUGGGCAAGAUCUAUCGUAGGCAGAAGUAGUUUUGGGUCCCCGCUUUUCUUUCGUUUACUUACCGAGAAAUGUUAAGAAUUAGAUAUAUUAGAGAUCUUUAGGCAAUAAUAAUUCGUAGUUCGUAAAGUCUUCGUGGUUGUUUGUCACCACGCGCUGCUGACUCGGCCGCACAAACUGUCUGAUUACUCCGAUUGCGGUCGAGG